AUGUACGGGCGGACAAGUGUGGGUCUGUUUCUGGCGCUCGGCGCCCUGUUGGUGGUCCUGUUCAGCGCUGCCGCCGUCGAUGGUGCCAACACAGCGGUCAACUUCAACUUCAAGGGCCUGAUUCCCGCGGCUGAGAGCGAAGUCUGCGAAGACUGCGAGACCUGCGAGGACUGUGAAGUCUGCGAGAUCUGCGAAGAUUGCGAGACCUGCGAAGAGUGCGAGACCUGCGAGGAGUGCGAAGUGUGCGAGGAGUGCGCGCCGAUGUGCCCUUCGCGCUCGCCCUUCGCGGAGGAGCCCUACGAGUCCUCGAUCUUCGCCUCGCUCUCUGCCUCCGAGCUGCGCGACGUCGAGUGGUGGCUUCUAUCCCAGGAGUCGCUAGCUCUGACGCCACGCACCAAUGCGACCCUCCAGGACAACUACAUCUUCUACAUCGACGCCAUGCCGCCGGUCAAGGCCGAGGCGCUGGCCUAUCUCGAUGGCGACGGACCCCGUCCGGCUCGCUACGCUCACGUCGUACUCUACCUGUGCGCGGAGGAACAAGUCCGGGAGCUGAAGGUUGGACCCUUGCCCACGUCGGAGGAGACGACGUGGACCAGGUGGGACACCGUCACCUACCCGGGCGGCCUGCCGUUCAACUCGCGUGUUCCCGACGGCGUCGAGUACGAUGCCAUCGACACGUACGUGCUCGCCCCCAUGGCGGAGCAGAUCGAGAACAUCAUGAUGGAAAGCUUCGGCACUGCGUACACCAACUGUGAGGCGAACUGCCUCAGCUACUCCGACUCGGCGCCGCGCUCGACCCCGGCGGACCCCGACACAAGGCAGUCGUGGUUCUUCUGGGUCUACGACGUCGAGGGAAGCUGGAUUCAGGAGGUCGGCCUUGAGACGCUGGUGUGGCACGACAGCACGGACCCGACCGAAUUCAGGCUGCUCAAGCUGGGUGCCACGCAGACCAACCCGGCCGGCUCCCGUUUCAACAUCACCGGUGAGACCCACAUCGAAUACCUCGGCUGGGCGUUCGACUGGAGCAUCACACCCAUCACCGGCGUGACCCUCUGGGACAUCAGGUUCCAGGGCGAGCGCAUCGUCUACGAAAUGGGUACCCAGGAGGUCUACGUGCCCUACUCUGGCCGCUCGCCAGCACAGUCGAACUCGCUGUACUUUGACACGGCGUGGGGAUUCGGCGCGAGCUCGUUCCCGAUGAAGGCCGGAGUGGACUGCCCCGAGGGCGCUGGCUUCCUCGAUGUCACGCAGUACUUCGAGACCGGCGACGUCGUGGUCCACAAGAACGCCAUCUGCGUGUUCGAGAAGGACGCCACCAUCCCGGUCAGGCGUCACUACGAAAUGCUCCGCGACUCCUAUGCGGGCACCCCUUCGCGAGCCCUGGUGUUCCGUCAUGCUGUCACUGAUUACAACUACGAUUACAUCUUGGAUUACGAGUUCUACCCCACGGGCGCGAUUGAGGCCCACGUCGCAGCCUCGGGCUACCUGCAGGGUACCCUGUACAGCGAGGAGGAGGCCCAGUACGGCAGUCCCAGAGUGGGUCCGUACCAGAGCGGCACGUUCCACCAGCACUUGUUCCUCUACAAGGUCGACAUCGACGUGCUCGGCACGGACAACACCCUGCGCGUCACCCGCUUCCCGAGCGUCGAGAUCAACGCGCCGUGGUUCGACGGCGCCACCAAGGUCCGCCCGGUGCCCGAGCACUACUACGUGGCCAACGAGACCGAGUCCACCUUCUUCCCCGACUUCAACGAUCCCAUGGUCUUCGCCUUCACCAACGACCACCAGACCAACGGCUACGGAGCCGAGCGCGCCUACAGGAUUCAUUCGACGUCGUUCGUGAAGCACCUGUUCCCGGGCGCCCUGGGCGAUGCGGCUUCGAGUCUGGACAGGUGGUUGGAGGACGAGGAUUCCCUGGAGCAGGAGGAUCUGGUGGCCUACAUCAACUUGGGCGUCAACCAUCUGCCCCACACUGAGGACGUCCCCGUGACGGUCACCCCGACCAGCCACGUCAGCUUCGUCUUGCAGCCCAUCAACUACUUCGAUCGCGACCCGGCCAGCGCCCUGCGAGACGGCGUGCGCGCGUUCGUGACCGAGAGUGGGAUACUCGCGGAAGAUGAAUCUGAUCCGCUUCGCCUGGUCCCUGGCGAGGCUUGCGUCGUAGAGGCCGAAGAGGUGCCGCAGGUGGCGCCGUACGCCUCGGGGACCAGGGGCCCCGGGGCCUGA